CUGGCCCUUUUUCGCGGGCAGUGGGGACACAGUCCCCCCCUUUUGGCUGUUUACCCUGCCCUCCUUCUAUCGCGCAGAGCCAUAAACCGGAGAAAGAAUGGCUGGUCAAGAACCUGAAGAUCUACCUGGGAAUUAAGAAGAAGGUCCGUCCACCAACUUGCUGGGGCUUCACUGUCUUCUUUGAGAACGAAAAGAUGGAGAAACAGCAGUGGUACCUCUGCUGUGACACCCAGAUGGAAAUGCGAACGUGGUUUGCCAACUUCCUCUCUAUGCAGCACGGAGGCAACCUCUGGCCCUCGGAGGCGUCCAAGGUCCGCCUGCCCCAGGCGCCCCCCGACUCCCGGCUGGGCCACGUCUCCCUCAUCCCCCUGCGAGGCAGCGAGAAUGAGAUGCGGAACAGCGUGGCGGCUUUGGUGGCUGACCCCUUGACGGUGAGCCCG